AUGGACUUUACUUGGCAUUUAGCAUUUGCUUUUUUUAUAAGAAUAUGUUUAAUUUUUUUUGCACAAUGGUAUGAUGAUAGUUCUACUGGUGUACAUUAUACUGAUGUGGACUACACAGUAUUCACAAAUGCAGCCGAACAUAUAUUAGUUGGUGAUUCUCCAUAUAUGAGACCAACAUAUAGGUAUACACCAUUAAUAGCUGUUCUUUUAAUUCCAAAUGUUUUACUGAAUUGCUGGGGGAAAUUAUUAUUUUCCAUGUUUGAUUUAGCUACUGCAAUUGUUAUACAAAGAAUUGUUUCAAAAUCUCACCCUGAUCAAAGUAAUUUUUGUGCACAUUUGUGGUUGUACAACCCUCUAAGCAUUAUUAUUUCUACUCGUGGAAAUGCUGAUUCUAUAUCUUGUUUUUUGGUUCUUCUAACAUUAUAUGCCCAUAUCCAAAAUAAUUAUUUAUUGUCUGCAAUUUGUUUCGCUACAUCAGUUCAUGUACGUAUAUAUCCCAUUAUAUUUGGUUUCACAUAUUAUUUAAACAUUGAUAGUGAAAAAAAUAAUAUGUCAAUUGCUAGAACUAUAUUCUAUGCCAUCUUACCUACUCGUAAAAAAAUAAUGUUUGUGGUAGUAUUUGUUUUAUCAUUAAUUGUUGAAACACUGCCUUGGUAUUACUUAUAUGGUCAAAAGUUUUUAGAUGAGUCUUAUUUAUACCAUAUAAGCCGAUUAGAUGUACGCCAUAAUUUUUCUGUAUAUUUUUAUGUCAAUUAUUUAUUAUCAGGUAUGGAUGAAAUGUUAAUUAUGAGUUUUCACAGUCUUGCUACAAAAUUGCCUCUCUUAAUUUUAUUAGGGUCAAUAUCAUUAAAAUUUUCUCGUAGCGAAGAAUUGCCCUUUUGCCUUUUUUGUUUAACAUUUGUGAUGGUAACUUUUAACAGUGUUCUGACUUCUCAAUAUUUUGUUUGGUUUGCAUCAUUUCUACCACUGUGUUAUUCUUUUCAUGACUUUACAUUUAUUGAAAUCAUAAAUUUGAUAAUGAUUUGGGCUGUACCUCAAAUUGGAUGGCUUGCAUUUGCCUACUGUUUAGAAUUUUUAGGUAUUAACACAUUUAAAUUAAUUUGGGUACAAUCCCUUAUGUUUUUUAUAGCAAAUUUGAAUGUUUUAUGGAUAUUUAUUGAUAAUUACAAAUACAACAAAUUAAAGAAAAAGUUGUAA